CAAAGAAGGAACAGGCGACAUCUGAGGAAGAUACAUCCGAGCCUAUUCAGAGACACGGACAGUGAUGAACAUUUUGACUCAGAGGUGUACGAAUCAACUGAUGGCAGAGUCUGUGAUGGUCUGGCGGCCUGUCCAGGGUGUCUCCCCGCCUGCCGUCCAAAUGACUGCUGGGAUUGCGACCCUGACUGAAUCCUGCCAUGUUUGGAUUCUUCCAGAAAUGCAUCCAAGACCGGUUGGCUGAGCGAAGAAUUCGCAAGGCCAGGCUAGUGACCAAAGAUGGCCGCUGCAACAUUGACUUCGGAAACAUUAAGUACAGCAGCCACUUUGCCUUCCUGGCAGAUUUCUGGACCACCUUUGUGGAGAUCCGGUGGCGUUUUGUGCUCUUCUUCUUUAUUGCCUCCUUCACUCUUAGCUGGUUCAUUUUCGGCCUGUUGUGGUACUGGAUUGCCCGCAGCAAUGGAGACCUGACAUGGCAGAGCCCAUCUGAUGACCACACACCAUGUGUGGACAAUGUUGUUGGUCUCACCACUGCAUUCCUCUACUCCCUGGAAACUCAGACAACUAUUGGGUAUGGCGGGCGUGCCAUCACCCCUCUUUGCCCAGGUGCUGUGGCCCUCAUUAUCAUCCAAUCCCUUCUUGGAGCUAUUAUCAAUUGCUUCAUGUGUGGAGUCAUCUUAUCAAAAAUCUCUUUACCUAAAAAGAGGGCCAAGACAAUCACCUUCAGUGACAUGGCUGUCAUCGGCCCAAAAAAUGGCACCCUUUGCCUAUCAAUCCGAUUGGCCAACCUGCGUAAGACGCUAAUGAUUGGAAGCCAGAUCUACGGUAAGCUGCUGAGGACAACAAUUACGUCAGAUGGGGAGACAAUCAUCAUGGACCAAGUAAAUAUUGACUUUAUGGUAGAUGCUGGGAAGGACAACCUCUUCUUUGUCUGUCCUCUCACACUGUACCACGUGAUCAAUAAGAGCAGCCCGUUCUUCGAGAUGGCAGUGGACACCCUUCACAAGCAAGAGUUUGAGCUGGUGGUUUUUCUGGAUGGCACCGCAGAGUCCACCAGCUCCUCCUGCCAGGUCCGAACCUCCUUUAUCCCUCAGGAGAUCAUGUGGGGCUACAACUUCCUUCCUAUCAUCUCUCGAAGCAAAGAGGGCAAAUACAGAGUAGACUUCUCUAACUUCUCCAAGGUAGUGCCCGUGGCCACUGCACACUGUGCCUACUGUUUUCACAACAUAAAGGGCCAUCACCACCACUUUGGAGAUGGACAUGUCAACCAAGGCUUUGAGGUGAUUGACAUUCCAGAGUACCCUAAUGUCACCAAAAUGUAACUUUUAUGGGUGACUUGUAAUUAUAAAUCAGUACAUUGAGACUUUUGAGGAGGAGGCUUGCCUCACAAAUAUUUCAAGAGUGUAAAGGACAAAAGAGGCUUGAGGCCAGUGGAAGGAUGCAACGAUAGCCACUGUAUUAUGGAGCAAUUACAGAUGAAGAGAAAAAAAAUUUUUUCCUUUGUGAUUCAUUCAGUGAAACUCAGAUAAGGAAGCCUAAUGGGUGCCCCAUCAGUCGGUGUGCCACAUCUAUAUGUUAAACCACACCUGUUACUGGUAGGUGGCCAAAAAAACAAAACAAAAAAACCAACCUGUUUCCAAAUGAGGUUAGCCAGGACACAGUGCUUUAAGAAUGGUGAGAGCCUUCAGCUAGACUGGCCCAAGGGAUAUCUGAACAUAUCUCUGAAUAGAAGUGAAGAUAAGUGAUGUGACUUGACCUCAGGUUUAAUUUAAACUACUCAGGGACACAAACAAACAACACAGAUAAUAUUGUGGAUAUGUUCAACAAUUCUCUAAAGGCCAGUGUGAAAUGUCUUUGAGAUGAACAAGAGAGAUAUAGAAAUGAAGUGUUUUUUCAGUAACUCGUGCUAUUGAGUUGUACAAGACUUAAACCAUGAAGGUUUGUUUUUCUAAUCUGAGGCCUGCACAUUUACCAAAGGUUCUGCUUAAUUGGCAGAUCUUUUGAGCCAAUGGGGGGAUAUGCUUACAUUUUUGUUUCUUGUCUUAAGAUGCUGUCACACAGCUCUCAGGAAAACAGUGAAAUGACGAUUGCAAGGAGCACUGAUCCAUAUACGAAUAUCAA